AUGAAAUACUUAGUUGUUUUGGCUGUUUUUGCUCUGGCUUUUGCCGCAGAAGAGAAGAAGAAGGAAGAUGGAGGCAAGACUUUUAAGCGGUUGAUUCCCGCUGAUGUCCUCAGAGAUUUCCCUGGCCUCUGCUUCGCGUCAACUCGUUGCGCGACCGUGGAACCUGGUAACCCGUGGGACCUUGCGCCAUUCUGUGGCCGCAGCACCUGCGUCAUCAGCGAGGAUGAGCCACCGAGGCUGUUGGAGCUAGUUGAGGACUGUGGUCCUCUUCCAUUGGCCAACCCCAAGUGCAAACUUGACACUGAAAAGACAAACAAGACAGCUCCUUUCCCCGGCUGUUGUCCAAUCUUCACCUGCGAGGAUGGCGCCAAAUUGGAGUACCCUGAGCUCCCAACACCUCCUCCAGAAUCCGAGACGAAGGAAGAGGAGAAGAAACCCUAA